AUGGCACCUCACGCAACGGAACCCAUCGGCACGAACACAAAUGGCUCGACCGAACCUGUCAAUGCAGGCGAGGCACCGCAUGAGCCUGGCAUCAAGAGUGAUGUCGCAGAAGGCAAGAUGAUGGAGUUUCCACGACCACCGAAGUUUGAAGACAAGUACGAGGAGCGAGACUAUUUGAAGGGUCGGUUGGCGGCGGCCUUCCGAAUCUUCGGCAAGCAUGGCUUCGACGAAGGUGUAGCGGGCCAUAUCACUUUGCGGGACCCUGUGGAGCCUGAUACAUUCUGGGUCAACCCAUUCGGCGUCGCAUUCUCCCACAUCAACAAGUCGGACUUGAUACAGGUCAACUCCUCCGGCAAAGUGAUUGAUGGUGGCGAAGUCCGUCUCCUCAAUACUGCAGCCUACAUGAUCCACCACGCCGUGCACGUGGCUCGUCCAGAUGUGCAAUGUGCGGCGCAUAGCCAUUCCAUCUACGGCCGCACUUGGUGCACCCUAGGCCGGAAGAUCGACGCUCUAACACAGGAUUCGUGUGCUUUCUAUGACGAUCACGUUGUGUAUGACAGCUUCAACGGUGUGGUGUUGGCGGAGAAGGAAGGCAAGGAUAUUGCGAAGGCGCUUGGUAACAAGAAGGCGGCACUGCUGCAGAAUCACGGUCUGUUGACUGUGGGCAAGACCAUUGAGGAGGCUGUAUUCUGGUUCCUCUCGCUUGAAAAGUGCUGCCAUUCGCAACUUAUGGCCGAGGCAGCCGCGGGCUCGCGUGGCGAGAAGCCCAUUGUGAUUCCACACGAUCAGGCACUGUACACUCGCCGUACAGUCGGCAGUUCAGUCGCCGGUUGGUUUAGCGGAAAGCCGCAGUUUGACAUGAUCCAUCGCCAGACGAAGGGCGAGUACUUGCAAUGA